AGCAGGUGUGAUGUUGAGCAGAAGAGCUCAGUGUAGUUACUGUGAAUCAGAGCAGGAGCGCGUCAUGGGACGCCAGUGCGCAAAAGAAGAGACGUUGGAUAUGUGCGUCUGACUUUACGGACACUUUUUACGCAAUUUCUCAUGUGUUCAGACUUCCAAAUCGGAACUGCCUAAAUUCUUGGACUCUUCAAAGUGUUGGUGAACAGUAGACAUGAAUACUACUUUUAACCAAACGGACAGUGGAAUCUUCUCCAACCGGACUGAGGACAUCCUCUUGUGUUGUAACCUCUCGUCGGUGGUGACGGAUAACGGCUUCACGGCGGCCCCUCCGGAUGAAAGGAGCCUCUUCAUCAUGAGAAUAGUUCAGAUAGCGGUGAUGUGCGUCCUCUCCCUCACCGUAGUCUUCGGGAUCUUUUUCCUGGGCUGUAACUUGCUCAUCAAGUCGGAAGGGAUGAUCAACUUUUUGGUAACGGACCGGAGACCCUCCAAAGAGGUAGAGGCGGUCAUCGUGGGUGCGUACUAGACAUGAUGAGGAUUAUGAUGAAAUUAAGUUUGUGGACCACCUGAUGGACAUGUGUUUCGAUGGCCUCUUUAAAAACCAGGACACAGUGUUAUUUGGCCGGCUAAUAAACUAUUAUGUAGAGAUCAACUGAACGCACUGUCUCCAUUUUGCGCACACGCCUUUCCACUGUUCAUUCAAGCGGACAUUUAGGAGAUGAACCACUCAGAUCUCAAAUCAGAUACAGGCAUGGAGUCUUUACAUUUGUCAUAGAAAAUAUGUAUAUGCCUAUGUGCACACGCAGAUGAGUUGUGGCACAUAUUGAUUAUUUUGUUAUGGACCUCAUCUCUGUAAAACACAUUGUAAGCACUGCACGCACUAAUUAUUAGUUGUUUAGCAAGAUUAAAGCAUCAUGUUUAAUACAAUAAAUUCGUAUUUCGAAUAAAAUUGUCUUAUUGAAACAACUGAA